AUGUUGGACGCUGAUGAGGCUCUGAUAUGCCUGCAUGAGCCGACCACGGAACGCCACGGCGCGAUGCACUUUCGCAGCUGCACCAUUGACACGGUCGAGUACAAGUGCGGCGAAUUUGUGCGCUGUGCCAACCUGGCUGGCUACCCAGAGUGCAUUGGAGAAAUCAAGGCGCUGUACGAGUUGGACAAGGCCAAGCUGUGUGAUUUGACCAUCUACGUUGAGCCAGAACACCUCAAGGAUGGGCGCGAGCCAAGUCAUGGCCGGGAUGAAGUCUUUGCCCGUCCCUCAGAAGUGACUAUCAACUGCUAUGAACUGCCUCAGCGACAACCCGAGCAGCCCAAGCCCAUGGUGGUGUCCUAUCGCCAAUACUGUCGUAUCCAAGCGGAAAGGAAAUUCGAUGUUGGCCGUGUUCAAAUUCCUCUCACAGAGCAAGACCCAGAAUCGCGCGACAAGUAUCGGGUGUUCUUUGUGCGCGAUUGCAUCCACUUUUGA